UCCGUUUGUCUUAUAAUCUAAAAAUUGUAUUAAAUGAUAUUUAAAAGUAGCGUCUUUAAUUAGAACUUGUAUUUAAGAUAAUAAACUCGUCUGUUUUUAAAUGAGACUAUCGGAAUAACUAAAUAAUGCUCUGAUUUUCAUAAUGGCAGCAUUAUUUUCAUGUACAAAAUGUCAUAAGAGAUACCCAUUUGACGAACUUUCACAAGGAGAACAGUUGUGCAAGGAUUGUAGAAACAACUACCCUGUUGUAAAGUGCACUUACUGUAGAGCAGAAUUUCAACAAAACAGCAAAGGAAGUACAAGUUCAAUUUGUGCCAAAUGUGCUCAAAAUGUCAAGCACUAUGGCAAGCCUACAGCCUGUGAGAACUGCAGUGUGCUGGCAGCUUUUAUUGGGAAUCGCUGUCAGCGGUGUGUAAACUCUGAAAAGAAAUGGGGUCCUCCAUUGGUCUGUGAACAGUGUAAACUUAAGUGUGCCUUUGACCGCCCUGAGAGGAGAAAGGUUGAUGGAAAGCUCAUGUGCUGGCUGUGUGAUCAGGCAUACAAAAGAGUCCUGGCCAAGACGAGGAAGUCUCAGGAUUUGGUUCUCAAACCUUCCAAGUCUUCAUCCUCCCUCUUGGACUCAUCAAGUAAAUCAAACACACCUACAAAUAAUGGGCAAGCUUUUCUAGCUAACCAAGGGCUGUCAUCAUCAGCUUCAUUUGAAGGCAUGACAGUGUUAGAGCGCCUCACUAGAUUGGCAACCAGUGGUGGAAGUAGUCGAGGUAACACCCCUCCAGUGGAAGCUAAACAGGAGGGAGGGGAGAACAGGUUAGCAGAAAAGGCUACAAAUUUUCAGGAGCGAUCAUCCAGUGUUGAAGACGAGGAAGUAAAGGAAGACAAAGAAAAACUUCGCUCUCAUAAUCGCCACCACCAUAGAAAGCAUCACCACCACCAUCAUCGUUCACAUUCUAAAAGGCGGCACUCAAAAGAAGAGGAUGAAUCUGGUGAUGUUAAGAAACAGAAGUCUGAGAAAAAUUCUGCAAAUGGUGUUGCAGCAACAGCUGCUGUGUCUACACCCAAAAGUACGGGCAGUAAUAUAUCUGAAACAGGAGUUGAUACAGCAGCCUCUGAAAAUGUCAUACUGAUCACACAGCUGAGGGAGCAGAUUGAAAGUCUGAAGAAACUCAUGGCUGGGAAAGACCAGCAGCUGUUGGAGAAAGAUAAAAAGAUCACAGAACUGAAAGCACAGAUGUAUGAGAAUGAUAAAGAGUUCCGAUCUAAAGUUCAGGCUUUACAGAGAGGCCAUGCCACUGCUAUUGAAACUCUGCAGAUAAAGAACCGAGAGAUGACAAGACAAAUAGCAUCUUUAACAAAAAACAAAAAAACUGUGGAGCCUUCCUCCCUAAACCUUGGAGCAUCAUAAUUGAUAUCAAUUUUACUUGUUUUCUAUUUGAUCAUUUAAUAAUGAAUUCUUUCACAGUCUAGAUUAUUGAUCCAAUAGUGCAGUAAAGUAUGUAAAAAAAAAAUAGUUUUUUUAUUUUUAAUGUACAUCUAAAUUUCAUAAAUAACAUUGAUAUUGUAUAUGCAUUUUGUGGGAAACUGCAACUAGAACUACUGGGCAUCUAGGACUUAUGUCAUCUGUACUGAAUGUUUGAGAUUGAAUCCAUUGGUUUGACAUGUUUUUUUACACCUAGCUUAUGAAGCAAGUUUUAAACAGGCAAUGGAAUUAGUAUCUUGCUAAUGCAUUGAUAUUUAAUCAAAAUUGUUUUUUUAAAUGUGUAGUGGUAAUUCUACAUUUCUCGACUAAUGUGAGCAAUAAGAAAUAAAUGGUUCAUGUGCAGGUUAUUACUUUUUACUGUACAUUUUAGUCUGUAAUAUUUUUUAUGUAAGAAGAACGUGAUGGGCAUGUUAUAGUUGCUCUUUAAUGGUGGACAUUUUUAUAUGCAAGUGCUUAGACAUUGAUGAGCAUGAGUUGUGUUGAAGUUUAAAGCCCUGCGUUAUGAGUUUCUUGUAACUUCUAAACUGAUAUUUUUAGCAGGAAGGAAUGCUUGUGAAAUAGUGCAGUCUUGCUGGUUCAGAACUGUUGUUGAUUUAGUCAGGAGGACUUUAUUUGUGUUUGUCUCUGACUACUUUGUUUUUACUACAAGGGCCAGUUCUAACAUGGGCUGGGGUUUAUUUCAUUUAAAGUUAAUUUGAUAACAAAUAUUUCCUCAAAUGUGUAACAGAUUAUUACUACCAAAUAUAUAAUCUAGAUCUUAAACAAUAACUUUCAGAAAAUAAUGAAUUUAGCAAUUGUAAAAUAAAUCUAUUUGAAAGAGAGAAAUGCUAUGUAUUACCUAUGUUUUUAAAGAGUUUUUUGUAAUUUUUAAAAAAAAUUGCUGUUGUCAUUAUUUUGUUCUGCUACUGAAAGUACUUUUAUGUGUUAUAUAUUUUUUUGCUGCUUUACAUUGAAGCAAUUUUAAUGUUACCUGUGUUACCCAUUGUGUCAUCUGAGGUGGCUUUGAAAAGUUAUUACUUUAUAAAUAUUGUUAAUGUUUUUAAAUAAUUGUCUAUAAAAAUGUAAGCAUGAUAAUAAUGUUCGUAUACAUUCAUGCUUUUAUUUAGCUCUUUAAAGCAACUUUAAAGGUACAUUAUGUAAAAUGUUUAUUUAGUAAAUUAUUUACAAACGACCACCUCAAGUUUUCAUAAUAGUUAGUUGAUUUUUAUUUUUUAGAUUUUGUUCUACAUGGCUUUAAAAUAGUCUAUGAUUUAUAUUUUUAAAUCUUCCCAUUUUGUUUGUUAACAGCGUUUUAAUGAAAUAUAUUUUUAUACCAAUUUUUACAGAUUUGAUAAGUUUUAAUUUCUGAGAUAGUUCAGUGUUUACUUGGUUUAAAAGUCAGCCGUAUAAAUUAGCCCCUUGUGCAUGAUUUCAUGUUGUAGUACACACUUGUUUGAGCGGCCACCAUAGCCUCACACAUAUUGUCCUAGUUUGUCAAUUCAAAGAAAACACCUAGUUUAAUGGGUUUUUUUUUAUAGUUUUGAUAUGAUCAAUAAAAAGGUUUGUAUUUGACUGCUCUGCUACAAAAGCUAGUGAUGUCAGAUGAUGCAGACAUUUUGGGAAAUGACCUGUUUAUACUAGUGUGGAGUUUAGUUAGAACAUUGUGUUGCACAUAAUGUUUGUCAGUUCUAACUUCAAUUGUUUUAAAUAAAAUGUAUUAUGAAGAGUAUGAAUCAAAUGAAUGAUUAAUGUCUGAAAGUAGUGCAAUAAAAUGAGUUUAAAUCCUAUUUUUUGCCACUUAAUUCAUGGGAAGAUGUACAAAAUGUGACAAUUUAGAAAAAGAACUACUUAACUGGCAGAUGUUCUCAUGAGAGGCAACUAAAGAUAUUAAAAUUACUUCCCAGUUA